AAAGAAGCUAUAAUCUGGAAUGUACAUGUGAACAACUUUAUACGAAUAGUUUUUGUGCUUGGUUUACUUGUAUUGGUAUGAUAUGUUUAAGUUCUUAGAGACUGGAUUUUCGUAGCACAUACUGACUGAGGAAAAGAAAGAAAAAACAAAGCUGGAUAUCUAUUUGGAAAAAGCUAGACUUUUCCUUCAUGUCUUAUAGUAAAUGAAAAUGCCUCGUGUAAAAGCAGCUCAAGCUGGAAGACAGGGCCCUGCAAAGAGACAUCUUGCAGAACAAUUUGCAGUUGGGGAGAUAAUAACUGACAUGGCAAAAAAGGAAUGGAAAGUAGGAUUACCCAUUGGCCAAGGAGGCUUUGGCUGUAUAUAUCUUGCUGAUAUGAAUUCUUCAGGGUCAGUUGGAAGUGAUGCACCUUGUGUUGUAAAAGUGGAACCCAGUGACAAUGGACCUCUUUUUACUGAAUUAAAGUUCUACCAACGAGCUGCAAAACCAGAGCAAAUUCAGAAAUGGAUUCGUACCCAUAAGCUGAAGUACCUGGGUGUUCCUAAGUAUUGGGGGUCUGGUCUACAUGACAAAAAUGGAAAAAGUUACAGGUUUAUGAUAAUGGAUCGCUUUGGGAGUGACCUUCAGAAAAUAUAUGAAGCGAAUGCCAAAAAGUUUUCUCGGAAAACUGUCUUGCAGCUAAGCUUAAGAAUUCUGGAUAUUCUGGAAUAUAUUCAUGAGCAUGAGUAUGUGCAUGGAGAUAUCAAGGCCUCAAAUCUUCUUCUGAGCUACAAGAAUCCUGACCAGGUGUACUUGGUAGAUUAUGGCCUUGCUUAUCGGUACUGCCCAGAAGGAGUUCAUAAAGAAUAUAAAGAAGACCCCAAAAGAUGUCAUGAUGGCACUAUUGAAUUCACGAGCAUCGAUGCACACAAUGGCGUGGCCCCAUCAAGACGUGGUGAUUUGGAAAUACUUGGUUAUUGCAUGAUCCAGUGGCUUACUGGCCAUCUUCCUUGGGAGGAUAAUUUGAAAGAUCCUAGAUAUGUUAGAGAUUCCAAAAUUAGAUAUAGAGAAAAUAUUGCAAGUUUGAUGGACAAAUGUUUUCCUGAGAAAAACAAACCAGGUGAAAUUGCGAAAUACAUGGAAACAGUGAAAUUACUAGACUACACUGAAAAACCUCUUUAUCAAAAUUUGCGCGAUAUUCUUUUGCAAGGACUAAAAGCUAUAGGAAGUAAGGAUGAUGGCAAAUUGGACCUCAGUGUUGUGGAGAAUGGAGGUUUGAAAGCAAAAACAGUAACAAAGAAGCGAAAGAAAGAAAUUGAAGAAAGCAAGGAAUCUGGUGUUGAAGAUAUGGAAUGCUCAAAUACACAGACAGAGGAGACCAUACAGACCCGAAGUGAGGAGUCCCAAGGAGCAAUACAUCGAAGCAUGUCUCAGCCAGAGGCUAGCUGCAGCAGCUAUGACAGUGAGUGGGAACAAAAUUAAGGAGCAUUUAUAAAGAUACAGUAAUAUUUAAAAAAAAAAAAUCCCUUAAAUUUUAAAACUGGCAAGUUUAGUUUUGGUAGAUCCUGAAUUGUUUUAGUGAGAUUGGCAUUCAUUAAGUCUAAGACAGUCUCAGCUGCACAUGAGGAAGACUCAUUCCUCUUGACUGCCUGGACGUUAUUUGUUACCUGAACUUUGCUUAUUGAACGUGAAGGGUUUUACUCUGAUAGAUAAAUGCUUUUAAAUUCUAGUUUAAUUAUGAAAUUUUUUUAACCUAAAUUUUUAGUGUAAGGCCUUCUACUGAUGGUUUUUCCCAUGAAAAAUUUACUUUCCCUCUCCUGUUCAUAAAAUGGAGACUACUUUUGUUGGUAUUGAUUUUGGACCAUUCCUGAGGAAUCUUUGGAGAAAGCAUGACUAGUCAAAUAUAUCAGUAUUUUUGUUAUCUUAUUGAGAAAAGAGUAAAGUCAUAAAUAAUUUAAGAAGAACAAUUCAGUUUGUUUGACAGAAGUUUUUAAGAAGAUAAAGAAGAAUCAGAUUCACCCUUAUUUAUAUAAACGCAGAAUUGCUUUUCUUAAAAUGCUGUUUAUUUCCCCCAUUACAGUUCACUUUUUUCCCCCCUAAAGUACAAGGCAAGUUAAGGUAUUUUACUAUCAAAAUAAUAGUGAGAGAAAUAUUAUCUGAUGGUAAAAUGUUAUUGCUUCCAGCAAAAAAAGCCAAGAGUUGAUGUAAAUGUGUACUUUUAAAUUUAUCCAUUUAAAGUAACUUGAAGGAGAAGAAAAAUUAUUACAUUUGAUUUUUAAAAAAUUUUCAGGAUAUGUAAUACAAUUCAGUGAAUUCUGUGUUUUAGAGCUUUAAGAUUUUCUGUCAUAAACAUGUUUCAAGAAUGGUUACCUCUAACAGCAGCCUUAGAAAUGUCAGUUUCUUCAUUAACAAUUUUAUUUUCAAACACAAUUUAUGAUUUACAAUAUGGUAAGAGAUUUUUCUCACUGUGAUCUUUCAUAAUACUGUGCCUAGCAAAAUGGGAGCAACUUUCCUUUAAUAUCUAUUUAGACCAUUUUAAAAACGUGUAUAAUUUUCUUGAUACACCUGAACUCAUUUUGAAUAGUUGGGGGCCUAUUGUGUAAGAACACAUUCUGAAAGCUUUCAAAAUGUGUAUUGUGUAGGUUUUGUCAAAGAGAGGAGGUGAUGGGAUGGUUUUCAAGAAGAACAGGAGCCUCUAAUCCUUUUAUUUUUAUGCAAGGCAUAAUUUUUACCAGUUGAGAAAAUUUGGUUAUUUGCUGCAAGUAAUUUUUCCCCUCACAAACUGAUAGCCUUUAAAAAUCAUACAUAUUCUGGCAUUUCAAAAUCAUGCCAAUAUUUCAGAAUUGUGCUAAAAAUUAGCUAAUACAGCCAUGAUAUUUAUGGCUGGUGUACUUUCCCCCACCUGUUCAUAAAAUGGAGACUACUUUUGUUGGUAUUGAUGUUGGACCAUUCCAGAGGAAUCUUUGGAGAAAGGAUUUUUGACUAGCCAAAAAGUAGAUAUUUUUAAGGGAACCCUACAAAGAAAUUUUCCACCUUUUUUUCCCUACUGCAUUAUAGAACCAUAGAAGAGUAUCCCAAACUUGUAUGUUAUUCUCCACAUAUCAAAUUAUUACAUUAGUCUUAUUAUUGGACCCUUUGCCAGUAGUGUAUAUUAGGAAAUGGUUAUAUUUUAAAUUAAAGAGAUAAGAAGAUUUUUUUCUGUAACAAUCAGAAUUGAUUAUUAGGGAAAAUAUUGAAUUGAUAUAUGCAACAAGGUGCAUAGGACUGAUUAUAUAAACCCAGGCAAUAAUACCACUUUCAGUUGCAGUGAGAAACUUUAGAUUGAUGAAGAUAAGCAGCAAUGAUAUUUAAUUUCAGAGUAAAAUGGCAAAUUAAGACAUGAAUGAGAAUAAUGCUGUUUAAAUACAGCUCUAUAGUUGUUACUUCAGUGUUCUUUGUAGUGUAGUUAAAGAUUGAAAAUAUAUUGAAAGGAGAUAUAAGUAUUGAUGAUUGACCUUGAUUUUGUAAUACCCCUUAUGCCUAUCUCGCUAUCACAACAUUUUCAGUUUUCUGUGCAGAAUUAAUUUCAAAUUUCUUGAAACAGGCCAGGCGUGGUGGCUCAUGCCUGUAAUCCCAGCAUU